AUGUCAUCUUCCAAGCACGACCCGGCCUCACUACCAAGCUCUCUCCAUAGCGUGUUGCUUGACCUCCUCAAACACCCUUAUCCUCAUGUACCCAAUCCCCCCAAUUGUCGCAAACGUGCCUCCGUCGCCCUCGUGCUUCGCGUUCGACCGACAUUCGGUCAUUGGCCAGAUUCCGACCACGCUCUCUCCAGCUUACCGGAUGACACUACAACCGAGGAACGAUUGAAUUCAUUCUUCUCCCAGCCGUGGGUAGAGCAUGGAGAUCCCGAAGUCCUGUUCAUCAAACGUGCUUCACGGGUGGGAGAUCGCUGGACAGGCCAUGUCGCUCUGCCUGGAGGCAAACGAGACCCGGAGGAUGCAGACGACCGGGCGGCUGCGAUUCGAGAGACUUCAGAGGAGGUAGGCUUGGACCUGACAACGGAAGACUAUCUAUAUGUGGGAAAUUUGCCAGAGCGAGUGGUCACAACAAGCUGGGGGUCCAUUCCUUUAAUGGUCCUGUGCCCUUUUCUCUUCCUAUCUGUUCGCAGUGAAUCCCCAACACUUAAGCUACAACCGACAGAGGUGGCUUCCACGCAUUGGGUGCCCCUCCGCGCCCUCCUCUCGCCGUCAAUGCGCACGGUAGAAUAUGUCGACAUGUCUCAGCGAUUUCGCAAUAUGGGUGGUUUUAUCGUCCGCUUGGCUCUCCGUUCUGUCAUGGGCUUUAUGCAGUUUUCAGCCAUCGAACUGGCGCCAACGGAAAGCUUGCAAAGCAACUCGACCCCGGGACUGAUUCCAGAGAAUGCGCCUGCCCCUUCACUAUUCGCCCGAUGGAAAGCAUGGUGUUUGAGCAAUCAAGCCGACUCGAACAAUCGCAACCGGCCGCUACUUCUCUGGGGACUGACCCUCGGUAUCCUUGCCGACUUCCUCGAUAUGCUCCCGCCGCAUAAUGCAGUGGAGUUGUGGAAGUAUCCUACGUUUACGACGCCUGACCUACGACUUAUUGUGAACCUUCUCACCCACCGCUUACGACAGCGCAAUAAGCUUCAAGUGAAGUCUGGGGCCCGGCCGAGCAAUACCGCUGUUGAUGGCCAGACUGCUGCACUUCCUGUGACGGAGACGACAGGGAUCAAGGAUGACUGCAAUGAAGUAGGCAUUGGUGGACUUGGGGUCGGUCGAUACUAUGGACCGUCGGACAAGAGUCCUGAAGGCACUCGGUAUGCUGUGGGAAUCAUGCUGCGAGGAUAUUAUGCCAAGCUACGCACGGCCAUUUACAUCUUCGUGGCUUGGAGGAUCGCUCUUGGGUCUGUGGGGGCGAUAUAUGUGUGGAGACUACUUCGACAAAAGCAAGUGAUUGAGAGGAUCUUUCAUUUUCUAUUACGGUGA